AAUUACUAUUAAUGGAUUAAAUUACUACAUUUUUAACAUUAUUACAUUUUUAUCAUCUAUUAUUGGUCUAGUUUAGUGUAGUUGUACAUUAAAUGGUUAUAGAAAUAUCAUAACCACAAUAUAUUUUUGAAGCUCAAAAAAUAAUUAAAUUGCUGACAAAUAAUUAAACAACAGCAAUACGUAUGAAAAAUGAUAUGGAUACACACAUAUGUGAUACAAAUACGUAGAUAUAAAAUGAUUUAAGAAAUUGUUAGAUAAAUUUGCCACAAUAAUUUCUGAUAAUAUUAAAAAAUUGAUCUUAACCGUAAUUUUACUUUGCAUAGUUCGGACCGUUCAACACGUUUCCUUUACUUUUUGUCACAAAUUUAUCUGAUUAUUAUUAUUUCAAUAUUAAAAAAUGAGUUCUCGCGGUAAAGCGCAAACUGAGCAAUUAAGAAAAAAUUUAGAAGCACAAUUGGACAGACUAGUACAACAAUUAGAAGAUAUAGAAGAAAACCGAAAUUUAUUGGAUGCAGCUGCUUAUGAAGAAGCUAUGCAACUCACAAAAGAGGAUUUACAAGAAUUCAAUGGAAGUUUGCAAAGAAUGAUAUCUGGUGACACGACAUUAGUUGAUCAACUGGGUGCAAUACAACUAGCAAUUCAAGCAACAAUUAGCGAAGCAUUCAAGACUCCUGCUGUCAUCAGAAUGUUUGGAAAACGCGAGACAUCACAGCUUAGAGAACGACUAGCUCAAAUUGACUGUGAUGUAAAACUUGGAAAACUAAGUAAAGAAACCAGUGAUCAUCAACGUGCGGAGGUAUUAAAUGCAUUGAGACAGCUUGGAGAAAAAUUGGAGCCUCAAGAAUUACAAUUAUUGGAAAAAUUAAUGCUUAAUAACAUUGAUACAACAAGUUAUGUACAAGUAACUGAAAAUAUAGAUAAGGGUCAAAUGGCUAUGGCAGCAGUAGGUGAUGAAGUUAGAAUUCAAAAUAUUUAAACUUUGAAAUAUAUUUUUAUAAAAAUUUCUUACUUUUUAUUAAAAAUAUGAUAGUUCAUAUAAAUUG